CUCCGGAAUGGGUCUGGGGGCUCCGGAAUGGGUCUGGGGGCUGCCCCACACCUGGGGGAGCCUAUGGGAGUGAGCGUGGACAGUGCCAGGAGUGGCGUGAGGGUCUCUGACCACAAGGGCUACGGCCCCGCCACGCAGGUGCGGUGGCUGCAAGAGUCGAGCAAGGACGGAGGCGCCGGGAAACCGGGCAGCAAACGGCCGCUGGCGUCCCCCGACCUGAAAUCCGCUCCAAAGAAGCCCAAGGCUGAAGGGCAGUGAAGGACCCCCGGGACCCACCCCCCAAAAAAAAAAUCCCGGGACCCCCCCC